CAAUCGCAUCGCAAUCGUAAUCGCCGUCGCCGUCGCCGCCGCCGUCGUCGUCGUCGUCGUCUUUGUCGUCUCUCUUGUGAACUGCUUACCGAUAUUUUGGCUUGUCGCCGUCCUCGUCGUCGUCGCGGCCGCCGCUGUUGCUGUAGCUGUAGCUGUAGCUGUGGUGGCUGUGGCUGCACUGUCGCCCCCACCGGCUCUGGCUGCGCUGCUGCCACUGCCACUGCCACUGCCACCGUCGCUGUCGUUGGCGUUGUCGUUGUCGCUGCUGUCGCUUCUCGUUGUCGUUUUGUAAUUAACAGCAGCUCCGGCAAAAGGUGCAAAGAUGUGAAAAGCUAACAACAACAAAAAAAAAGGGAAAAUCAGAAGAAAAAAAUGUAAUAAAGAAAUGAAAUAAAAAGGAAAUUCAAGCAACGAAUAGAAGUAAAUAUAUGAAAAAAAAAGAAUAACAAAAGAAAAUGCUCAACAUUGCAAUAACAGAUAAGCAAAGGCAAUACAAAUACAACAACAACAACGACAAGUACACACAGGCAUAUGCCCAUGUAUGUGCGUGUGCGUGCAUGUGUGUGUAUGUGUGAGCAUCUACGCGCGAUAACUAAUCGAGUUUAACACCGAAGCACAUCAGCAAAUUGAUGAAACAACGAGAACAACUCUAACAACAAUUUUGCAAAACAACAAUUAAAACAACAACAACAACGUCAAAUCCACCAACAACAAUACCAAUUACAAGCACCUAUUCUAAGCGUACUACAAUAACUAACAGAAAAUAAAAGAAAACAAAGCAUAAAACAAAGAAUUAAACACAAGCACAGGGAGUUUACAAGGAAAACAACUUCAAACUCAGAUGUUGAUUUCGAAGCCUAAUGCAGUUUACUCAAUAUCAUCAAACAUUUCUGGAAUAUUUGAAUAACCGACAACGAAUCAAUUAGGAUCUGCAAGGGAAAUAUCUGUAUCUAGUCUACCGUAUUGUCACAACUAUAAAUAGAUUAACAGUAGUUUGUAAGGCAGCCGCUCUUGAUGAAUAUUGGGCAGGAAAAGCAUACGCAUUCGCAGUCGCACACACAUCCGCAUCCGCAUCCGCAUACACAUCCGCAAACGCAGCAGCAGGCGACCAGCGGUAGCCGUAGUCGCAACACAGAUCCGCACAGUGGUUCUGGUUCCGGUUCUGGUUCUGGUGCUGGUGCUGGUGCUGGUGCUGGCACUGGAGUCACUGCAACCGAUUAUCCAGCAUUGCUACUGGGCUAUCGCUAUCCGCUGCCGCCCGGACAUCAUGAUCAUCGACUGCAUAUUGAGCACCUCAGGCGCUCCGCUGCGGAGCGUGUGAGGAGUCCCAACGGCUGUUCCAUGGUUAUGACACCCAGUCGACGCAGCUCGCCACCGUUGCCUCUGCCGCUGCCGACGCGUGGCCAAUCCCAAACCCAGUCCCAGACCCAGUCCCAGUCCCAUCCACAGUCGCAGUCCCAUUCCCAGUCCCAGUCGCAGUGCAUGAGCGCCCACUUUCUGCACUUGCAGUCGCAGCUGCAUCAGAAGCUCUCCGCUAGCUACUUUCGCAACCCGCCCUCGCCUUCGCCAACGGAACGGGAUCGCGACCGGGACAGGGAGAGGGAGCGCAACAUCUCCGGCUCCGGCACAUCGCCACCAGCGACGAGCAUGAGCGCAGCGCAUCUAAAUCCGCUGAGCGAUCUGCAGAAUAUGCAGCCCUUUGACUUUCGCAAAAUCAACUCGUCCACGCUGGGCGCCUUCGGGGCGCCCCCCGGCCCCACAGACUUUGUGCACCAUCAGCACCAGCAGGCCGUUCAUCUGCAGCAGCAGGCGGUACAGCAGGCGGCGGUGCUGGCGCAGGCGCGACGUCGCAUCAAUGAAGCCACCACGCCCGGGGAGAAAAGCGCCGCGGUAGCAGCCGCUGCGGCAGCUGCUGCUGCUGCCGCCCAGAGUAAUCAGUUCUUUAGCGCAAUGGCCAUGGCCGGGCAUCCGCUGCCGUAUCACUUGCCGCCACCGCCACCCCCACCGCCGCCACCGCAGCACCAGCAACAGCCGCAGCAGCACCAGCAGCAGCCGCAGCAGUCCAACAACAAUCAGGUGUCGGCAGCAGAACAUAGUCAUGGCCAUGGGCCGCACUCGCCAAAUCAUGCACAGAUGAACCACAGUCACAGUCACGGUCACGGUCACGGUCACGGACACAGUCACAGCCAGUAUCAUCAGCACUCGCAUUCACACCAUCACAAAGUAACGCAGCCCACAUCGCCGGAGGACACAAGCGCCAGCAAGGCGCGUCAUCUGGCCGCCGCCGUUGCUGGCGACAAGUCGAACAGCAGCUGCUCCUCGUCCAGCGCUUCCGGCACGCAGCCGGCAAGCAGUUCACAGCGCAUGACUCGGCUGGCUCUGGCUUCGGGUUCGGGCUCGGGCGCUAAUUUGCGUGCGAGCCGCAAAUCGGGCCACUCGCCGGGCAGCAAGCGGCAAUGGGGCUCGAUGCCAGCCAAUUUGGGCACACAGUUCAUCAAUCCGGUGACCGGCAAAAAGCGCGUUCAGUGCAAUGUUUGCCUGAAGACCUUCUGCGACAAGGGCGCGCUCAAGAUCCAUUUCUCAGCGGUGCAUUUGCGCGAGAUGCACAAGUGCACCGUCGAUGGCUGCAGCAUGAUGUUCAGCUCGAGACGUUCGCGCAAUCGGCACAGCGCCAAUCCGAAUCCGAAGCUCCAUUCACCGCAUUUGCGGCGCAAGAUCUCGCCGCACGAUGGACGCAGCGCUCAGCCGCAUCCGCUGCUACUGCAGGCGCCCAAUGGCAUCAUGGCGGGCCUGGGGCCGUUCGGUAGUUUCCCGUUGUUGACGCCGCCGCCGGAUCUGCGCCAUCAUGCGCUGGGCGGCAUGGAGCUGAAGCAUGGCACCGGUCAGGAGUAUUUGCAGCGAUCCUAUAUGGACAACAAUGGCAUGCUCGGACGGUACGAGGGUCAGCGGCGCAAGGCGGCGCUCGAGGCGGGCGAUGACGAUGAUGAUGAUGAUGAGAUACUCGAGGUGGGCAUACACAUGCCGGAUGACGAUGAUGACGACGACGAGGCGGAUGGCGAUGGCGAUGGUGAUGGCGACGAUGAUGAUGACGAUCCCGAUGGUGAUGGCAUUGUGGUUGUGGGCGAUGAGCUGGACAGCAUACCCGACAAGGACAAGCACAGCCACGAUGAUUACUUGCUGGACAACGGUAACGAAAGCGAUGAGCGCUCCACAUCCGCCAUCUCCAGUCACAGCCACAGUCACAGCCUCAGUCACAAUCACAGUCACAGUCAUAGCCACAGUCACGGUCACAGUCACAGUCACAGCCAAACCAAAGAGCAACAACAGCCCAGCCCCUGUCCGAGCAAGACCGAGCCGGAGCCAUGCCCGGAGCCCGAUGAGCAACACGAGGAUUCACAGAGCCUCACAGAUUCAGCGCACGCACUCGGACAGACGCCGGCCAGCAAGCGAAAGCGCAAAAGCCAAAAUCCUGUGCGCUGCACCGUGCAAUCCGAUGAGAAUUCUUGCGACAAUUCGCUAGAUAACUAUGACGUGGCCGCCGACCUGUCCAUUAAGAAGAUCAAGCUCAACGACGAAGCCGAUACGGAGGCAGCGGAUAUAGAUGCGCCUCGAAGAGCGCAACUGGGCGCCGCCACAGCCAAAGAAACCGAGGUGUUAACCAGCUCCACUGAGUCCACCAAGGCGAUACCCUCGCCCCCGCUGACGCCCUACACAAGUGAGGCCAAGUCGCUGAUUAAAAUGGAGCUAGAGGAGGAGGAGGAGCAACAGCAGCAGCAUCAUCAGGAGCAAAGACAGGAGCAGAGGCAGGAGCGCGAGCUGCAGACAAAUGUGCAGCAGCAGCUGGCAACAUCAAGAAACACGAAUAAUCUACAAGAUGAGGGCGCUGGCACCCUGGAUCUAUCGCUGAGCACGGCCAGCGGCUCGGUAAUCAAGCAGGAGCCGCUGGACGAGCUGGCUCUCACAUAUGGAGCCGAUGCGGAUGAGAAUCGCUAUUUGCGCAUCAAGCAGGAGCUGCUUGGUGAGGAUGAACAUAUCUUUGGACGCGCAGCGGUCGAGGAGACCAGCACCAACAACAACAACGUUAUUUUGACUGAAAAUAUGUCGGGUAAGGGUGGCGACUCCAAUGGCAGCAUCAAGGCGGAGCCAGAGCGCGAACCCGAGCCGGAGCCAGAACCAGAACCAGAACCGGAACCGGAACCGGAGCCGGAGGUGCCCAUUGACAAGGAGAACCCAUUGAAAUGCACCGCCUGCGGCGACAUCUUUCAGAAUCACUUCCACCUAAAGACCCAUUACCAAAGCGUCCAUCUGAAGCUCCAUCACAAAUGCAACAUAGACGGCUGCAAUGCGGCGUUUCCAUCGAAGCGCAGCCGCGACCGGCACAGCUCGAACCUCAACUUGCAUCGCAAGCUGCUCUCCACCAGCGAUGAGCACAAUAAUGUGCUGCUGCCACCGGAUCCGCUGCUGGAGCUAAUGAACAUCAACAACAACAAGGUAUUUGGCGGUGCUGGUGGCGUUGCUAGCGCUGGCGGCCCUGCUGGCGUGCCCGUUACCGCAGCUGGCGGCAUGCCCAGCAGCAUUCAGGCCGAGAUUCUGGCACGCAUCUGCGCUGGCGCCCACGGGCUGAGCAUGCCAUUAUGCUUUGAGGCGCUGCAGCAUCGCUUCGCUGCGGGCCAUGGACAUGGUCAGGUGACCGGCGGAUUCGGUGCGGAAGCAAAUGCGAAUGCAAAUGCCUUCAUUGCGGCAACCGAUCCGCGCCUGCUGCUCAACCAUGCCGGCAAUCCACUGCUCUUCCCCGGACUGCACAGACUACCGCGCUUCCACCACUUGACGCCGCACAUGCUGGCAGGCGCCAGUGCGCUGAGCCCCUUCUGCAGGCGAACCUCUUCCGAUUCAAAUUCGCAGCACUCGAUAACACCGCCGGUAGGCGCACGUGGAGGUUGCGAUAGCAGCUCGCUAAUGGGUUUGCGACCACGUUCCGGGUCCGGCUCCGGAUCGCCCGAGUACGAUGGCCAGUCGACGCAUACGCAUGCACACACACAUAUGCACAAGCAGACGGGUAGCGAGGAGGCGGGGCAGAGCCAGCGGCAGUCUCCAGAUCGCAUAUCAUGACCAUGUACCUCGUGGUGGACAACAAAUUCUUUAAUGCAAUAUCAGGCUAAAACUUAGGACUACUACAGCAUUGCUCAUAAUCAUAAUCGAUAAUAAUCGAUAAAUCGGUAAACGACUUAUCGAUCGGAGGAGAAGAUAUCAGAAAAUUCGCAAUCCAAACUGCAGCUUGGCUCGCCAGCGCUCAUUAUAAACAAUACUUUUACUAGGCUAAUAUAAAAUAUUAGAUGGAUCAACUAGCAUUUUUUUUUUCUAUAUAUA